AAAUAAACUUUCUCUUACUUAAUGGGUUCUUCUCCUCAAUUCAUAUCGGAUUUAUUUCUUUUUAGAGAACUAACCCGAUGUUUUAGUAAAACAAAUUAGUGAUUUUUAAUUUGUAAAUUUAUAAUGUUAUCUUUGUUAAACUUUUUUGCGGUUUUUUCAAUGUUUUCCUACGGAGUGCACGUCAACAAUUUACCAGCCUGCAUUGGGCUUCAGAGAUCUGCUCUCUCUUUCAUGAUUUUGGCAGCCUGGAUGAGUAUUUUCAAAGACAUCAGGUGUUCAUCGUCAACGAAUGUAGAACACCAUCUAGAACAAGGCAAAAAAAUGCUGGCAGCUGGUCAAUUUGCUGAUGCCCUUUCACAUUAUCAUCUUGCUAUUGAGGGUGACCCAAAUAACUACAUGAUCUACUUUCGACGUGCAACCGUCUACCUAGCAAUGGGCAAAUCAAAGUCGGCCAUUCCUGAUUUGGAUCAAGUUCUCGUCUUAAAACCUGAUUUUAAUGCUGCUCGCGUGCAGAGAGCAAAUGUGAAACUGAAACAGGGCAAGUUAGAUGAGGCCGAACAGGAUUAUCAAACUGUGGACUCGAGCAACUCGGAGGCCAAAUCUCAGCUACAACUAAUCCCGACAAUUAGAACAUCGAUCAUUCAGUCAAAACAUUUGGCAGAUGCCGGUGAUUAUAAUGGUGCCAUACAGUACCUUAACGUUGCUAUUGAGACUUGUAUAUGGGAUGCACAUCUCCAUGAACUUCGAGCUUCUUAUUACGAGAAAGUAGGUGACAUAAUGAAAGCUAUCCAAGAUAUUCGGCCAACGGUUAAACUAAUUCCUGACAACACAAAUGGCUAUUUGAAACUGAGCACAAUGUUAUAUUCAGUUGGAGAGGUCGAAGAUUCUUUGAAGGAGAUCAGGGAGUGUCUGAAGCUGGACGCCGACCACAAGGGCUGUCACGAUCAUUAUAAGAAAGUCAAGAAACUGAACAAGCACAUGACUGACGUGCAAUCUGCUAUUGAGAAGAAGGAUUGGAAUGAGUGCAUUAGUAAGACCAACCAGAUGUUUAAAAGUGAAUCAACAGUCCAACCGAUUGUACUGAAAGCCGAAUCUCAUUACUGCAGAUGCUAUUUCGAGAUAAAAGACACGGAGAGGGCAUCUCAACAUUGCAACAAAGUUUUAAAGAUGAGUCCGAAUGAUGUCGAUGCACUCUGCUACAGAGCUGAAGUGCAUAUUCUCAACGAGAAGUUUGAAGAAGCCGUCAAUGAUUUCAAGCAAGCUGAGCAGAUAUACAGUGAUCACCACAGGGUUCAGGAGGGCCUCAAAAGGGCCCAGAAACUUCUCAAGCAAUCAAAAAAGAGGGACUAUUAUAAAAUAUUAGAUGUUAAACGAACUGCAUCGAAGGGUGAAAUAACAAAGGCCUAUCGUAAAUUAGCAGCCAAAUGGCACCCUGAUCAGUAUGACGGCGAUGAUAAGGGCCAUGCCGAGAAAAUGUUCAUAGAUAUUGCUGCUGCUAAAGAAGUUUUAUCAGAUCCAGAGAAAAGAGCGAAGUUUGAUCAGGGAGAGGACCCACUGGAUCCCGAACAACAGACCGGAGGUCCGCAGUGGCACGAGGGAUUCAACCCUUUUGGUCACGGGGGCUUCCAAUUUAAAUUCCACUUUAAUUAAUUAAUUAGAUAAUUGAUUGAUUGAUUAGUUAAUUGAUUGAUUGGCUAGUUAAUUGAUUGAUUGGAUAGAUAAUUGAUUGAUUGACUAGUUAAUUGAUUAGUUGAUUGGUUGAUUAGUAAAUUAUUUCGUUAGGAUUUUGUCAUAACGUUUAGGAUGUUAUCGAUAGAGAUGGCGAGUUUCUUGGAUUUUAUUUAUUUUUGACGCUCAUUUUCUUUCUUUUGUUUUAUUAUUACUACUAUGAUUACUUUUAUUGUUAUUAUUUUAAAUUUUACUGUUAUAAUAUUUAUUAAGAAUCCAUUACAGUUAGUUUUAUUAAGUUGAAUUGAAUAGAAUGGUUAUAGUGAUGUUGAGAUAGCGUGCAAUGGCUGGCAAUGAAGCACGGUUUACAUUAUUUAUUUUUAUGUAAUUUUAACAUUUAACCACGAAAAGAGAGGUCAUUAUUAUUGUAUGAACCUUCAACUUACAUAAAAAUUUGCCUUUGUUGUUCGUCACGUUAAAUACAAUCUAAUGUUAAUUACAGUUUUUCCACUCACUGCUGUUACUUUCAAGUAAAUAUAUAUGCGUGUGUGUGUGUAUGUGUGUGUUUGUGCAUUAGAGUGAUUUUCAUGUUUAUUUGUUUGUCAAUAGAGUUUGAGCGUGAUUUCGGUUCAAUUUUGUUUGCAGUAUGAAAUUCUGUUCAUUUAAGUUUAAGAACUGUCAUUAUAUCAUCAUCUGUAUUAUUAUUUCUAUCACUAUUAUUCAGUUUUAUUUUCUGUAAUGAUAUUUUCAUGCAUGUCUGUGUGUGUGUGUAAAUCAAUUCUGUACACACUUGUUAUAAAUAAAUUCAGAUCAUCCAUCUGUUUCCCACAAUACACAAGUAGCUAAUUUUACCUACUAACUAACUACAAUGUCUAAGUUAGAGAAACAAGAUUGUGUAAAAAUGUGUUGUGUACAAACAUGGCGUGUAUUUGAUGUGUACAUGUGUGUGUGUGUAAAGAAGAAGAUUGUGUAUAAAUGUGUUGUGUAUGAACAUGAUGGGUAUGUGAUGUGUACACUUGUGUGUGUGUGUGAUGUUAACGUGUAAGUCUAAAUGUACACAAAACUAACUUGUAUGUGUGUGUAUAUAUAUAUAUAUAUAUUUAUAUAUGAAACUGCAUAGAUAGUG